AUGACCACAGCCGCUGCCGGGUCGUCGGCAGACGCGCGCGGUCGACAAGAACGGCUCCAAGCUGCCAAGAAAAAGCUCAAGACGUUUAGAGCCAAGCAAGCCCAGAUCGCGCGGCGCACAUCGUCAUCAUCCGCAUCCGGCUCGAUCUCCUCCCUCCACGCGCUUAAGCCCUCGUCUGGCUCCAGCACAGGUAUCCUCGCAACUUCCGACGCGGAUGCCCAGCAGUUGACGCGCAGGAGCCUCAUCGAAGCAGCUAUCAAGGAUGCCGAUCGCGUUGCCCUCAGAGCCCAGCACGACGGCCCCAAUGACUCCGCAAUCUGCUCUCCCCAUCCCUCGGCAUCAGCAUCGCCAUCAUCGUUUGCAGUAGCGGCAGUCAACAGCCGGCGGCACUCGUGCGCACUCAGCCGCAGCGCCGGCGGGCCACCACCCGCAGCGGGGUCUAGCAGGCACGGCCGCGGCCACUCGCGCACGUCAAGCAUCAGCAUCUCGCUCAAGCCUGGUGCGCUGGGCGACUUUGUGCCGCGCCCACAGCAGCCGCAGCAACCAGCCGCCUUGACGGCCAGCAUCGCUAGCGCCUCGGGCGUCUCGUCCAUUAGUGCCCAAGUUGACGACGAGAGCGGCCCGCCGGUGAGGGAGGCGCGCAUCGCCAAGAGGCGGAGCAUAAGCGUCCUUUCCGCCGCGGCGAGUACAACGACUUUCGUCGCAUCCACAGGCGGCGGCCACUUCCGCGGCCACUCGCGCACCGGCUCGCGCACCUUUGCCGGCGCUCGACCGUCUGGCGUUAUCGUGGCGACGGCACCGCCAGGCCGCAGCAGCGUUGAGGCAGUAGCAGCAGCAGCGCCGCUCGGGCUCAAGGGUCACGGCGACGUGCAGAUCGUCGCCGUCGAACAUGGACCCGACAUCACCGCCGCGAGCUUCAUGCCUGCUAACCGGGACGCAUGGGCUGACGAGCUCGAUCUCGAGGGCGAUGUGCAAGCUGAAGUAGGGGGCACGGCAGAUGCACAUGCCGCCGCAAGCGCAAGCGCGGACGCAGGGAUAGGGAUGCUCACACCGAGCUCGUCGCUCAACGCGGACCUCGCGGCGCUCGGCAAGCGCGCAUCGUCCAGCAGCAACGGCUCGUCGCGCACCUCGCACUCGCCACAGCAUCAACAGCAGCUGUCGUCGAAGAGCCUGACACCCGUCGCAUCGCCCUCGCGCGCGCAUGCGGCGCUCCUGGAGGAGCCUCAGACGCCCAGUGCGCUCUUCAGGGACUUGAAUAGUAGCAACAGCAGCAGCCAGCAACAACAGCGUCUCCUGGCGAUAUCGCCAUGGGCUUCGCCGUCCACGUCACCGUCCGCUUCGACGCUGCAGUUCGGCAGCACCAGCGGUUCAUCCACCGUAAUUGGAGCAGCAUCCAAGCGUCUCAGCCGGCACAACCGUCGUGCAAGCGUCGCGACGAAGCGCGAGAGCAUGGAGGUCAUGGGCGGCCUGUUGCACGGACCUGCCGCUGCUGCUGCCGGCGUGACGGGCUACUCAACCGCCGAGCGCCGCCGCUCGGCGGCCCGGCUGUCCGGCAUCAUGCCUGCCAGUGCGCUCUUUGGCGACAUUCCGCCUGCUGCGGGAACCAGCAGUGCAGGAAAGAGGAGAAGCACCGUGCGCAUCUCCGUGCAGCGCGACUGGAACUGGCAGAGCGCCAUCGCCGUUAAUGGCAGCAACAGCAGCAACAGUGACGACAUCGAGAGCCGCCUUUCUGCUCUCGACAAGCUCGAGGGAAAAUCACCCAGUGCCAGCCUCAGCCUCAACCACGUCGCCAGCCCGGAAGCGGCAGCGGCGCAAGAAGCCCUCGCACAGUCCAGAGCAGCGCCGAAGCCGUUCCCGCUUAUCGUCCCAGAUACCAUCACGCAUGCCGGGUCCAACACACAGGUCCCGCUCGUCACACUCCAGGGCAACACGCCGACGCCCGGCCCGAACACUGCAGCCGCCAACAAGCAGUUCAUGCCUGGCUCUGACUCGGCCGCUGCGUCGCACCUGUGUUUUAGCCUGCCGCACACCGCCGGCGGGCUCUGGCCACCGCUCCUCUUCGAUCGCGACGGUGCCGCCCUGGGUAGCAGCGGCGACGGAGAUGACAUUGGCAAGGACGGCAGCACCGCUGACCAAGCCGAGCAGGCGUACGUUGCAUGCGUGGAUCAGCGAGGGAGCCGGAGCAGCGUGCAGCUGCCCGACUUUGAUGAACUGCACGGGACCGAGGGCAUGAACAAGCGUGCGAGCUUGAGCCUGUUGGAGAUGAACGAGAAGGCUACCAGCAGCGCCGCCCCCGGCGCGGAUGGCGCGGUAGCAGCAAGUACCUGGGAAAGCGUCAACGCCGUUCUAACGAUGACGUCGUUCGGCAUGCGCGACGCGCUCGACUCACUUGCGUCGCCACGCGCAUCGCACCGUCUGCCCUCGCCACUCGCAUCGCCACAGGCCCUGCCACUGCCAAAGUCCCCUCUCGCAGGCAGUGCGAGCAGCAUCGGCCUGCCGUCGACGCCGACACCAUCCAACGCGGACGACGCUGCCACCGCCACCGCUGAAGGGCUCGGCACGCUCGUCGAGGAGGAAGAGGACGAGGAGGAUUACGCCGGAUCGCCGUCCCAGCUCUCGGCGCUGGCGCUGCAUAAUGUCACGGCUGACUCACCUGAUGGCACCCCUUCCCCUGACGCAGACGAUCCAUCAUCGACUCCAGGACCAGCGACAUCGCCUCGGCAGUCGGGCGCAAAGGGGAUGGAGGAGCAGCAGCAGCCGCGAGAUGAAGAGCGAAAGAGGCGCGAAGAGGAGCUGGCGCAGAUCAAGCGCAAUCGCCGCGCCAGCGCGCUGACGCCCAAGCCCAUGAAGCUUAAGAGCAGGCCCGCCAGUCUGUUCCUUGCGCCGAGCAUGCGCAACAGCAACAGCACCGGCCUCGCUGCUUCCGACUUCAGCCCCACGGCUGGCGCUGGUGUGUUCUCGUCUGCCACUGCCGCUACAGGCGCUGCCACUGCGGAAAGCGCGGUUGCCCAAGCAAAAGCCAACCCACUACAGCCUCCGGAAGCAGGCACGGUGCACAUGGAGGAGGAGGACUCUGUCGGCGAGCUCAGGCUUGGAUGGUCUAUGGCCAAGGCGCAGCGAGCAAGCGCCAGUAAAGUGGCGUCACUUGCGGGCGAUCAUCAGCUCACUUCUCCGCCCAGCUCGUCCAUCGGCUUGGAUGCACGCAAGCGUACGUGGCGCAUGUCAAUGCCAGCUGUUGCAGGCUCUCUGUCUGGCUCUAGCGCUGGCGCAACCGGUGCACCACAGCAGCGUAUCGGAAUGCGCAGGCUCCAGCUUGGUUCGCUCAAUACCGCAUUGCCAUCGACAGUCGAGACGAGCCACAGUUUCGCCAGUGACCUCAGCAGCAGCAGCAGCAGCGGCAGCAGUGGUGGUAUUGGCGGGAUAAGCAUACCCUUCAGCAGUGGCAGCGGCAGCAGCAACGCGGGGCCUGUCAAGCGUCGCAGCAGCAUCAUCUACAAGAGCAGUGAGGCUAAACAGAGUACUCCACUUAUCGGGUCCUCUGCGUCCAGUGGCGGCUUCAACCUUAUGCGCAGCUCAUCCAGCGAUUCCAUCAGCUCGACCAUCUCAUCUAGUGGUAUUGUCGGAGCCUCUGCAGCAGCAGCUGCAGGCGGCAUCUCGGCCGCAGCAUGGGAUGAGCUCAAGACGAGGGCACAGCGCGAUGCUGCGCUGCUCGACAGCAUGCGCAGGCAACUCGAGGCCGCACAGAAGGAGCUGGCGGGGGAGAAGCUGCGUGCCGAGCGCGAGUACACGGAUCUCGAGCGGUUGAUGCAAAACGAGAAGCUCAGCUUGGCAGCCAAGAUCCAAGAGGCUGAACGGAACGCUUCGGCUCGUACAACAGAGGCGGAGACCGCACAGGCCGAACUGCAGAAGGUCCGCGAAGCCCUCGAGGAGACCGAAGCUGAGCGCGAUACCUACCAAGAAGAUGUCGAUGGCUGGCGUACCCGCUGUGCUGACCUCGAGAAGAAGCUUGCAAGUGAGCGUAGUCGCGCUGAAGCCGAGACGCGAGCGCGACGGGGCGUGGCAGCCAAGGUCAAGCGUCUAAUUGCACAGCUCGAAGCUACGGGUGCACAAGUUUCCCCCGAAGAUCAGCUGCAACCGGAAGAUGUCGCUCCGUCUGUGCUGGAUCGUGUCACACCUGGCCACGUCUCGCGCUACAGUCCCUCUUCACCCAUGGCGCCUGGCGCCAGUGGUUACUUCAGCCAGUCUUCCGCCAUGCCGCCACCAGAACAGACAGUCAAGCUACUUGCAGACAUGCGCCAGCAGAUUUUCAACCUCGCUGGCACGCUUGAACAUGAGCGCAGGGAGCGCGCAAAGGCUGCCGAUGAAUUGGAGUCGCUUCGCGCCCAGAGCAAUCAAGAGCAGGGCCCUGAGCCCGCAGAACUGCCUCAACCAGCACCUGAGAGCUUCCACCGGGGUGACUCUAGCAGCCUUCCAGAGAACACUGUUCUGGAGUGUGAGCAACCUGCGAUCACAUCGCAAAUGCCCAUCACAACCGUCUCGCCUGGCCGUAGCAGCCGCAACAAGCGACAUGUCUUUGCCUACGACUCUUCUACUGGCAGCCAGGAACACAGCUCCGCUUCGGCCGGUUCGCAGAGCUUGAGUAAUACGACCGUCUCGGAAACCCCAUUCGACGAGGAAUCCUUCGCCAAAGCACAGGCAGCCCUGGCAGCGUCCGAAGAGGAUGACUCGGAGGGUGAUUUCAGUCUCGCAACCGGCCGUGGCACUCUGCAGACGCUGGACGAGGUGGAGGAGGAGGAAGCACCUAGCGACGGUGUGGCGAACGAGUCACUGUGCUCAGACGAUGCCACGCCUGUGCGGCCCUCGAUCGACGUCGAAGGAGGGGCCGUUAAUGGUGACUUACACUUCGACGAAGAUACCGCAUGGGAUGCUUCUAGCGAAGUCAAAGAUGAUCGCCUGCAGGGCCCGCCUUCUGUGAACAAGGUGCCCCUUGUGGCGCUCGAGGGCCACUUGCUCGAUAUGUCUAGUCCCAGGAGCAGCGAUGGCAGAAGAUCGACGAUGUCCGUGACGAUGCCUAGCUUGCAGCAUACUUCCAGCCACCGGGACAGCGACGAUAGCUCGUUUGACAGCCAAGGACCCGCAUCUCCGCCAAAUGGGCAGUCUGGUGACAUGGACGACAGUGACUAUGAAGAUGUCCCAGAGCCAUUUGAGGAGAUGGAGGAGCGACCCGAGUUCAUUCCGGAGUGGUCCUUCCACAAGGCGAGCAAGCACGCGCUGCGCCGUAUGGCUGUCAAUUCAACCAAGCGUAGCGUCAAGCACUCCAAGAUUCCUAGUGUGGAAGACUUCUUUGGUAUCAUGAACGAGACAACUCUUCCGCCCUUGCCUUCAUCAUCAGACGCCCUCGAUAUGCCGCCCAUCCACAUCGACGCUGUCCCUUUCAUGCAUAGAUACAUUGGCUACGGAACUCGCUCAAGUGUACGAUCCGCCUCCGUCAAGGGGGUGUCAGGCAUCCCUGCGCCACGCUACAGCCCAUACGAUAGCUUCGAAGCGACAACGCGAGCCUCCAUGUCCGAAUCCUCAGAUGGUGGCCGCCAAUCAGUAGACUCCACCUCAUCGUACCUCUCUCGCGCCACUGGCAUCUUGUCGGGUGCAAGCGUUGGCCGCGUCUCGCAGGGUGUAACCAAUGCUUUUAGCGGACUCGGUGGCUACCUCACGAAACAGGACGCUUUCUCAGUCGCGCAGGCGGGCAACUCGGCCAGCCAACCUCAUCCAAUGCAAUCUGUCACUGAAGAGCGGGAACCUGCUAUGUACUCGACGAAGCGCAGACAAGACACGGGCAGCUCCAUCGCAUCGUCAGCAUCAUCCACGCGCCCAGCAAGACAGUUUGUCCCUCGCUAUGGCGGCCCACCUCUGAUUGCAACACCCUCAUGGGAAUUAGACUUUACACACGCCACGGGUGGCGCAGGCAGCCACCCCGUAAUUGUUUUGUGA